AUGGAUAACACUUUAGUUUCUGUUCCUGUCCAAAGACCUUCCGAUAUCAAUGAUAUCUUGAACAGUUUGAAAAGAUACGAUGUCUCCGUGAUCAAGGACUUGGAAGACUACUUGAAGGUCCAAUGCGAACAAAAUUUCAGCGACGUUAAUGCCAAUUUGGCCCUUUUGAAAUUGUACGAAUUGUCUUCGGAAUCCCUCAACGAUGAAAGAGAAGAAGCCACUAUAAACAUAUUAUUGUUAGGGCUUUGCAAUUUCUACAACAUUGACUUUGAAUUAUACUUACAUUUGUUGCCAGUUUACGUGUUAGCCGAUGUAACAAAAUUCAAAGAUCUUUCAUCAGAAGAUUCGUCAAUAAUCCAAUUCUGCAGCUAUGUUAACAAAUUGAAGGAAUUGUACGUGUUGUUGACCUCUGCUAAGUUUACCAAGUUCUGGAGUUUGUUGAAAACCGAUGAUUCCUAUCAGGAUUUGGUUUACGAUUCCUACUUGGCCGACUCUUUCGACAGCAACAUCAGAAAUUUGAUCUUCAACGUGGUCUACAAAGGGUACUCCAACAACAACUCGCAAAUAAAGUCCAAGAUCAGCUCCCAAUUGUUGCAAAGCUACUUGAACUUGAACGAAGCGGACUUUGGUAAAUUCAUUGAAUCAAAGAAAUUCUUCAAGAUAAACGGUGACCAUGUGUUGAUUAACCACGACGCCCACCUCAUCAAGAACGACGACGAAGAAGAACAAAAGCAUGUUUCUACAAAUGCCCAUAACUCAAUCAUCAGUAGCGAAAACAUCAAGUUUGAACAGUUAUCAAGAUUGAUCAAAGAAAGUCUUGAAAAAUAG